UCAGGUUUUAUAGUUUCAUAUGAUACCAGUAUCUUCACUCUAUCUUUCAAAUCUAUAUAGAUAUAGAAGAGAAUAAACCAGGGACCCCCUCAUGAAUGUCUACUUGACGUAGCCUGUUUUUUACACUUCUAUAGUCUUCGUUAUGUGAAAGAACAACACCAGAAAUGAAUUAGAAAGAUCUACUCACUGGUCCUUUAAAAGUGACAUCAUGACCUCAUCAUGACCUCCUCAUGGCCUUGUGAGCUGGAAUCACCCAGAUGUGGAUCUACUUCCUGACCAAUGAGAGAGCAGGAGGAGGCGGAGCAGGUAGACCUGCAGCACAGGUGUACUGACGAGCUCUGCAGGGCCUUGAGAGGAUCCAGAGUGUGUUUGUGUGUUUGAAGUCAUCAUUUAGUUCGGAUCUGAGUGUUUUGAACACACAGACGAACCGAGGAGGUGUGGAUCACACUGCAGGAGAGUUCUGGGAAGUUUCUGUGGAUGUUUUGAUGCUUUUUGUUGAGUUCAAAGUUCCCCCCGCUGCUGAACUCAGAGUAAAACACUGCAGUCUACAGGAGGAGAAACCAGCUUCCUCCUGGGAAACGCCCAGAUCGUGGAGUGGCCUGUAGUUUACAGCAAUGACGGAUUCUGCAAGCUGUCUGGCUUCCACAGAGCUGAAGUCAUGCAGAAGAGCAGCACAUGCAGUUUUAUGUACGGAGAACUGACGGACAAGAAGACCAUCGACAAAGUCAGACAGACGUUCGACAACUACGAGUCCAACUGCUUCGAGAUCCUGCUGUACAGAAAGAACAGAAGUCCAGUGUGGUUCUACAUGCAAGUGGCUCCCAUCAGGAACGAGAACGACAAGGUGGUUCUGUUCCUCUGCACGUUUAAGGACAUCACUCUCUUCAAGCAGCCUAUUGAAGACGAAACCACUAAAGGAUGGACCAAGUUCGCGCGGCUGACUCGGGCGCUCACCAACAACCGCAACACGCUGCCGAAGCCGCCACCCAUCGACAAACACGAAGUCAGCAGCCAUAAACAGUCCAGACUGGCGGAGGUUUUGCAGCUAAACUCCGACAUCCUCCCGCAGUACAAGCAGGAGGCCCCCAAGACGCCGCCCCACAUCAUCCUCCACUACUGCACCUUCAAGACCACGUGGGACUGGGUCAUCCUCAUCCUCACCUUCUACACGGCCAUCAUGGUGCCCUACAACGUCUCCUUCAAAACCAAGCAGAACAACAUUGUGUGGCUGGUGCUGGACAGCGUGGUGGACGUCAUCUUCCUGGUGGACAUCGUCCUCAACUUCCACACCACCUUCGUGGGGCCCGGCGGCGAGGUCAUCUCCGACCCCAAGCUCAUCCGCAUGAACUACCUGAAGACGUGGUUCGUCAUCGACCUGCUGUCCUGCCUGCCGUACGACAUCAUCAACGCCUUCGAGAACGUGGAUGAGGGCAUCAGCAGUCUGUUCAGCUCCCUGAAGGUGGUCCGCCUGCUGCGUCUGGGCCGGGUGGCCCGGAAACUGGACCACUAUCUGGAGUACGGUGCUGCCGUCCUGGUCCUGCUGGUCUGCGUGUUCGGACUGGUGGCUCACUGGCUCGCCUGCAUCUGGUACAGCAUCGGAGACUACGAGGUCAUCGACGAGGCCACCAACACCAUCAAGAUGGACAGCUGGCUCUACCAGCUGGCUCUCAGCAUCGGAUCGCCUUACCGCUACAACGCCAGCGGCUCCGGCCAAUGGGAGGGCGGCCCCGGCAAGGACUCCUUGUACAUCACCUCGCUGUAUUUCACCAUGACCAGCCUGACGACCAUCGGCUUCGGCAACAUCGCGCCCACCACUGACGGGGAGAAGAUCUUCUCCGUGGCCAUGAUGAUGGUGGGAUCUCUGCUCUACGCCACCAUCUUUGGAAACGUGACCACAAUCUUCCAGCAGAUGUACGCCAACACCAACCGCUACCACGAGAUGCUCAACAACGUCAGGGACUUCCUGAAGCUCUACCAGGUCCCCAAGGGGCUGAGCGAGCGGGUGAUGGACUACAUCGUGUCCACCUGGUCCAUGUCCAAAGGCAUCGACACGGAGAAGGUCUUAUCCAUCUGUCCCAAGGACAUGCGGGCCGACAUCUGUGUCCACCUCAACAGAAAGGUGUUCAACGAACAUCCAGCGUUCCGGUUAGCCAGCGACGGCUGCCUGCGCUCGCUGGCGGUGGAGUUCCAGACCACCCACUGCGCCCCCGGAGACCUGAUCUUCCACGCCGGGGAGAGCGUCGACACCCUGUGCUUCGUCGUGUCGGGGUCGUUGGAGGUCAUCCAGGAUGACGAGGUCAUCGCCAUCUUAGGUAAAGGCGACGUGUUUGGUGACGUCUUCUGGAAGGAAACCACCCUGGCUCACGCGUGCGCUAACGUCAGGGCGUUAACGUACUGCGACCUCCACGUCAUCAAGAGGGAAGCCUUGCUCAAAGUACUGGAGUUUUACACCGCCUUCGCCAACUCCUUCUCCCGCAACCUCUUCCUCACCUGCAACCUGCGCAAGCGGAUAAUUUUCCGAAAGAUCAGUGAGGUGAAGAAGGAGGAAGAGGAGCGGCAGCGAGCGAAGAACGAGGUGCAGCUGACCAUCCCGCAGGACCAUCCCGUCCGGAAGCUUUUCCAGAAGUUCAAGCAGCAGAAGGAGCUCCGCAACCAGGGAGCCGUCGCCGCCUCCUCGCAGCUGGACCUGGAGAAGAACCAGCUGCAGGUGGAGCAGCACCACCACCAGCACCUGCACCCCCACAGCCUGCAGCUGGGCCACUCCAGCCUGCAGCACUCGUUGCCGCUCAGCCUGCAACGCCCGCCCUCCGCCAUGCAGAACGGGGCUCCGCCCAGCAGCAGCGUGCUGACCGUGUCUCAGGUCACGCCCAUGCACAGCUCGUUGGCGUACAGCCAUCCCGACGAGCCUCCCGCCAAGCAGAACAACUGUGACAUCAUGGAGCUGCAGCCCAGUUCUGCUGGAGGCGGAGGCGAGCAGACUGUCAGGCUCAAAGUCAGCACCAGCCCCGCGCUGCCAGCGAAGCCGGCCGUGAAGGCCAGCGGCUGGAUGCGCCUGAAAAACAACACGGCUCCAGUGGAGGCCAGGAAGGAGGGGCUGAACAACAACGUCAAGGCUGUUUCCGUGGAGAUGCUCUCUCAGGAGGGCAAAGGUCAGGAUGCAGGAAGGGGCGGGGACAUAGAGGAGGGCGGGGUGUCCAGCAACAACCCCCUUCGCAAGACGGACUCCUGCGACAGCGGCAUCACUAAGAGUGAGCUGCGGAUCGACCGGGCGGGGGAGGCGCGGACCCCCGCGGCGGUCACCCCGCUCCUCCACAGCCCUCUCCCCGGAGGAGCGGGGUCCCCUCACCCUUUCUGCCCCAUCCCAGAGCAGGCACUGCAGGCGGCGCUGCACGAGACCCGGCUGGAGCUCCGGGGGGACAUUCAGAUUCUGGGAGGCCGUCUGGGCGCCCUGGAGAGUCAGGUGGCGGAAAUCAUCAAACUGCUCUCGGACAAGAAGCGGCCGUCCGCGGGGGGGGGCGCUGUCCGCCGCCGUCACCACACCCAAAACCAAAAUACAACGUCAGGACAUUUUCACCGUUUCUAGGCCUGUUUCUCCAGACUCAGAGAAGGACGACGGGCUCUGAAGAGAGCUUCACCAGUGGUGUCGAGAGUCCACUGGAACAUACGGUGAUCACACUAUGGUCACCAUUAUCAGCUCGUUUUUUGGGGGCUUCCAGCUCUGUCGGAUCCAGUUACGCCACUGGUCUUAAUCCUCCCAGAUAAAACAAACUUCUUUAACAUUUGCACACUGACUUUUCUCUCCGGGUCACGUGAGAGUGACCUGGUCCCGUUUUUUGUGAUUGUAUAUACCUCUCUAUGCAUGUCCAGCUGGAUUCUGGCCUGCCAAAGAAACAACUACUGAACGUACUUAUUGCCUGUAUAUUAUGCAGUUGACUGCAUGCAAGAUUUAAAGACAACUUUUAUGGAGCUACACUGUACAUAUGAAUAUUUUUCAUUGAUAAUUUACUAUGUGGACAUUCAGGGUUUGCAUACUGGUAGCACUAUAAACAUUGAAUAACAAAAAAGGGUUUACUGGCAGAGGGAUUGUGCAUGGAUUAUUUAUAAAUAGAGAAAUCGAAAGUUUUAUUUUCUUUGCCUGUGAGAUGAAACCCUCACCUCGCCCUCUAAGAACACAGAUUCCCAAAUGUGAUGUCCCUUAACACAUGACGGGAAUUCUCUGGUAUGUUUUUUAUAUUAAUUAUCAAUUUUGCUUCUUAUAAUAAUUUCUAUUUUUGACUACGGAAACGUUCUCAGUUUGUCGGGUAAACCUCUUAAAUUUUGUUAGAAUCCUCCUUGUGUCUAUGCAUCGCUCGGGUACGCCGCUAGAAUAUAACGUGAAUGAAUUUGUUUCCGUUUUUUUGUUCCAUUCCUCUGCAUGAAUCAGGGAUGGCAGAAUGCACUUUGGGGUAAAAGCUGGGACGACGACAAGAAGGCUUCUUUGGGGGGAAAUAACACAGAGUUUAGUUCACAUAAAAGUCCACUCAGCACAGUGACAUGUAAUCCCACAGCCCCGGCACCACACACAGCAGUCUUAACCAGCGAGCGUCGCGCCGAAGCCCGCUCUGAAUUCCAUUAAGCGACAGCAAGCUUCGCUGCAAAAAAGCUCAAGUAAUAAAAAAUGGAAUACUGUA